AUGGCCAGAAACUUACUUUUGAUUGGUACAACAGGAAGUGGCAAGUCUACAUUGGCCAAUGUGAUAAGCGAUACCAUUAAUUUUAAAGAAAGUGAGUCUAGCGUUAGCGAAACUCGCGAUAUUCAAAGCGAAAGGUUUUACAUAAACGGGGUGAGGUAUAACAUAAUUGACACCAUAGGGAUUAACGAUACGCAAUUAACCACUCAUCAAGUCUUACAAACCAUCGUAAAUGCAACGCGCGCGCUAAGAGGUGGAUUAAAUCAAAUUCUAUUUGUAAAUGAUGGAAGAUUUACCAAUGUUGAAAUAUCCGCUUAUAAUUUAUUGAAGAAAGUCAUCUUUGAUGAAGAUGUUUAUGAGUAUACUACUAUCGUGAGAACUAGAUUUCCUAGUUUUAGGGAUGAAUUGGCCUGUGAUGUGGAUUACGCUAGGAUGAUCAAUGAAAACGAGCAGGUUUUCGAAAUUGUUGAGUCAUGUAAUCAAAUAAUUCACGUAAACAAUAUGACGGUCAUUGAAGAUCCUGAUCAAAGCUCCCGUGAUGAUUCAAGAGAGAAAUUAUUGUCCCAUUUGGUAACUUGUCAAAAAAUUUAUAGACCAAAAAAUUUAUUUGAUUUAAAUGAAAGAACCAAAGAUUAUAUGGAAGAAAGAGAAAUUUUACAACAAACCUUACUUCAGGUAAAUGAACGAAUUGAAGAAAUAAAGCGAAAUGUAAAAAAACAACAAGUCGAAUUGGAUAAGCAAACUUCGGAAUCGUUAAAAAUAAAAGAAAAAAUUGAUGCAUUGGACGAUAUAAUCAUUGAUGAGGUGGAGCAACAUCUUGAUUCGAGAAAUUCGGUAUUUCUUGCAAAAUGCAACAUUAUGUAA